AUGAACGACAACAUAGCUCCUUUUGACAAGACCCAGAUUGCGCUUUCGACCAUGGCCAACGCAAACUUGCGAGAGCCUGACACCACGGCCAAUCGAGUUCAACUAGUAAAGCCAACAGAGUCUGCAGCCAUAGACUCCCUUCCUAAGAAUGCUUACUGCCAGCACAUCUGCUUCUAUGGAGGCCUUGCUACUACUCGCUGUGGUAAUCAUGACGUUGGGACAUAUCUCGAAGGAACUCCGGUCUCCAUAGAAUCACUUCUUCGGUCCCUCAAGAAGCUUCCCGAGGUCAUUCGAGAUCAGAUAUAUGACCUUGUGGCAUUUCCAGACUUUGAAGAAUCUGUUCCCACCAUCUGGCUAUUCCAAGACAGUAGGAUAGUGGCACCAGAGCGACGUAGAUACGGUACCUCCAAGCAAGACAUUGCAACCCUUCUGAACAAGACAGGUGUCUGGGGCAACUAUCCCGAAGCGCGGCCGUGUCACUUGGAAGGAUUUGCGCAAGCUCUUCACGACAUUCAGAAGUCACAGACAGUUGCUUCUGCGUCUGCGGCCUCUUGUCUUCAAGAUUUUCUAGAGUUUCUUGGGGACCGUAUGGUUGUUCAGAUAGACAAUUUGCUCAUGACGCCAGACGAUAUUUGCUGGAGUACUAUCAGGAAACUGCAAGCACUCCAAUACCUCAAAAGUAUAAAACCUUACAUUGGACACAUUAAACACGUUUCCCUCGAGUUCGCUAUCCAGGAAGAAGGUUUCCACAAAGGACAAGGAUCAAAAGCGCAAUCUCGAAAGAUAGGGCCAGCAGCGCAUUCGAAAUCAUUGAAAUUUGCAAAUUCCUCAGCGAACGCCUCCAGAACCUAG